ACAGCCAGGUCCAUAUUGCCAUCAGAAGAAAGUGGGCCGGGAGAGGAGACCUGCUGCAGUGGGGUGCUUGGAUACGCCUCUGACAAUUUGUCUGUGAACUUUCCGUGUCAGAGACAACCAUGCUGCAAUAGCAGCGACACUGUGACGGUGGUGGCCAUCGAUUUCGCCAUGGGAUUUCUUUUCCAGUGUAUGCCACGCAAGAAUGUCCAACCAUUAUGCUACGAAACUGGAGCGGAAGUUCGAACAACCAAUCAGGAUCCAGAUUUUAUUCCACGAGCCUGUUGCCAGGGGGCAAAGUUCAAGGUCUUGGUAAACCAAUGGUACGCGGCCAUGGUUGUGAAAUGUGUGGAGGACAGCGACGACCAUCACUCAUGA